AUGCAGGUGGAUCAGUCUUGCCUGACCCAGCAGGAAAGAACUCACCGACUAACUGAGAAUCUUUGCCUAUACUGCGCCAGGGCAGAUUAUUUCCUCAGAGAAUGUCCUAUUAUCUCUGUUCUCGCCUUCCUGGACUCUAGUUCCGUGGGAAACUUUAUUGAUGCCUCCCUAGUACAUAGGUAUCAUCUGCUGGUGUCUCGCCGGUUAAAGUCCUUUUAUAUCUCAAUGGUCAAUGGAGAAAAUCUGGACUGUACUGUGCUGUAUCGCUCUGAACCCUUAUCUAUGCAGGACUUUGCAGAUGUCUUCAGUGAAAAACAAUCUGACGUCUUACCACCACAUCGUCCCUAUGAUUGUCCUAUCGACUUACUGCCCGUAGCAUCUCUUGGAGGUCUCUGUCGUCCGCUUACUAUUUAUUCUGACCACAAGAACCUGCUACAUCUACAGACUGCCCCCCGUCUCAACCCUCGGCAGGCUCAGAAGAAUCGUCGAGCUGAUGCCCUAUCUAGAUCCUCCGAUGUACAAGACCAAGAAUCUCUCCCUCAACAUAUUGUUCCUCCUGAUCGUCUCAUUUCCGCAGCGCCAGCAACUCUUCAGCACCUGCUUCCUGGGAAGACUUACGACCCAUCAUCCUCCAUGGAGAUCUUCACCGCUCACCCCAAUGGGAGCCAUUCUCAUACCAGCUUCCUUCUCAUUGGCUUUUCCGGGAUCACAGACCACCGCGGCUUUCUGUUCCUCCCCUUCCUUCUUAUAUACUCCCAUAUACUGUUUAGUAAUGGUGCCAUGAUCUACAGGAUCUGGGUGGACACGACCCUACAAUCUCCCAUGUAUCUGCUCAUCUGUCUCCUGUUUCUAGUCAACCUUCUCUGCACAACCACGUUCAUGCCAAAAUUUCUUUUGGGUUUGGCCUUUGACCUUUACGAGAUCACCCUGAUUGGCUGCCUGGUGCAGAUGUGGUUCAUCUACGUCAUAGUCACAUUUGAGUCCACCGUCGUCCUGUUGAUGGCUCUGGACAGAUACAUGGCCAUCCGUAGACCCCUACGCUACCACGACAUCAUGACCGAUCUCUUUCUAAACCGACUGAUUUUGGCCAGUUUGGGGAGAAGCGUCCUCCUCAUGACCCCGAUUGUUUAUCUCGGCUCCAGGGUCAGGUUUUGUAAUUCCAACAUUAUUCAUAAUUUUGUUUGUGAAAACAUGGGGCUCCUGACAUUGGCCUGUGAGGACGUCUCCAGAAUCCAGGCCAUAGGCUUGAUGGUGAGGAUGGUGAUCACCGUGGUGGACGGAGGGAUUCUCCUGGUCUCCUACCUCACGAUCCUCCAUACUACAAAGUUUGUCCUUAAACAGUCAAGAAACAAGGCCCUCAACACCUGCAGCUCCCACAUCAUGGUGGCCUUAAUGAUCUAUGCCAGUAGUGUCUUAUCGGCCCUCAUAUAUCGGCUGAAGACCUCAGUCGCCAUAGAUAUACAGAACUUAACCAGUGCCAUCUACUUCCUGCUCCCGGCCACCAUCAACCCCAUAAUUUAUGGUGUAAGAGUGAAGGAGAUCCGGCUAAGCUUACAGAAAAUGUUUGGGUAUAAGAGAGAGGGGAUCGGCCCAACUACUACACAGGUGGGACCCAACAAGAACUAAGAGAACACUGAGUCACUGCAUAUGUCGAGGACAUAGCCUAGGAUUACAUGUUAGAUUUAUGCUGUACUGUGUUC